CGGUGUGAUGAGCAUGUCGGGACUUGUUAUGGAACAUGCAGAAAGAGGGCGUGGCCAAAGCGAGCACUUCGCGGGAGUACGCGCGAGCUGCUGUCAUUAUUGAAGCUCGCAUCUUCUGCGCUGACACACACACACACACACACACACACAGGAUCAGACUGACAUCCAGGAAUAUUAACGGCACGCGUCAUGAACGGAUUUACUCUGUAACUCGAGCAAACCGCGAGAUAAAAACCAAAACAAAACAAGGAAUAACGUUUGUGUGGCGCGGGAAGCACGAGGGUACCGGUUAUUGACCAAGCAAAAAAAACAAAAACAAAAAACACCAAGUGUCCUACACCAAGUGUCCUACAGCAGCACGCUGCAACCGAGAACUGGACUAUCUACACAUCCUCAAACAACAACAACAGUUUUACAGCCUCUUUUUUUGCCAUGGCCCGGCCACAGCCGGACAGCAGGGUGGACAGUCAGAGCCCUGCACAGGCGCAGACCUGCAGGAUGGAGGUGUUGCGUAUGGAUGCCUGGCCCACUGGAGGCACACAGCUGAUUCAGCAGUCCAGACGACGCAGGACUGUGGCUACUCAGACCAGCAGCACUGCACCAGCACCCGUUAUCGCCACUGUGAGCAUGGCCAAUUCCCCCCAACAGGAAGGUCCACUCAGAGACAGCUCAGGGACUGAGCAGGAGAGGUCUUGUCCCAGUAGGAUGCAGCAGCCCUUGCCCGAUCACCUUCCCGAGAGCAGUAGUUCCUCUGCACAAUCAAGCCGCCGAGGCUCUGCAGCUGCUGAGGAGUCCGUGGAGGAGGAACAAGUGGUGGGAAGAGUGGCGGUCCAGCUGAGAACCAUAGGAGAUGAGAUGAACGCUGUUUACCUUCAGAGAAGGAAUGAGGGCGCGCAGUGGCAGAACUGGAGAGGCCUGUACCGCGGCCUGGUCGCCUUCCUGGCUGACACCAUCAGCACCCUCUACCAGCUCAGAUAAAUGGACGGGUAUUUGGCACUGCGGGGAGUGCCGGCGCUCCCCAAUACUCUAAUCUACUGCACUGGCUCGGGGACAUUUCUGCAGGCCCAGAAUGCACUGUGGAUUUUUUUUUGUUUUCUUGUUUGUGUUGUUUCUCAAUUGUAUAUGUUGUAUAAUGUUUUUUUUUCUCUGUCUCUUUUGGGAGGAGUUUCAUGUAGCAAGUGACUGAAGUGUAUGUCAGUGUGGGGGCAUGUUAAGGGGGAGAAAUGCUUUUGUGCCUCUUUAGAUCUGUGACGCUGUGAAGCACAAUCUGGUGGACACUUGUUUAUUUUUAGGAAAAAAAAACAAAAACGUUUUUUUGACCAUCCUGAAGGCCUGGGUACUUAGAAAAUCUAUGAUGGGAACAAAUGUGUCAAAAAGUGAGUUUAGACAGUGGCCAAUUCACCAAUAUAGAUCAUUUGUAAUUAUGAACUAAAUUACAUUGUUUCACUCUCAACCCUGUGUUUACACUAGCAAGAAACAGAGGAACAGUCUCUGUGAGCAUAUUAUAGAGAGCAGUAAUCUCCAAAACAGAGCAGCAUUAAAUAUAUUUUCUCAAUUAUAAGCAAAUUAGCAAUUACCCAGUAAAAUGAAGUAAAAAUUCAUUGGAAGAAUUUUGUUCCAUGUGCAAUUAAUUCUCCCCCAAACCUCUUCUAUAAAAAAUGUCAUUUUUUCUUCCCUCAUUCAACCAUAUUUGGCACUAAAAACAUCAAAUACAAGCAUUAAACAAAAAUAACGACACUAGGCGUACGUUUAUGCAUUAGCUCCUACUAUGUUUUAUCAGAACCUAAAGAAGCUGGGCGUGUAUGCACAUAUACGACAGACUGUAAGCAUCAUCAUCUUGUGCCCUAGUUAGUGUGAACACAGGGUCAACACACAUCCAAGUAUGACAAGCAUUCAAAACCAAAUGCCAAAAUCCAGGUCUCCAGAAAGCACUAAUUGAAUGGAUGGGUUGUACCUCAGGCACUGAAAUGCUGUAUCUGCUCAUAGCUGCCUUACAGAGCAAUACUGCGUCACAGCACAGGGAAAAGGGACACUACUAAACGAGACUAUCAGCAUAAGAGACGUUCAGGCGACAGAGACAGACGGGCCUUUCAGUACCACACGCUUCCUCUACAGCGAUCCCAGUGUGGUGAAUGUGCCUUACAUCACCCUUUAAAAACCUACAUGUGCUUGAUUUAGCAGGGGCAGUCAGUGAACGGUGUUUGGGGUGGGGUGGGUGGUGGGGUAAAGGGUCAGUGCCUUGGUGCUCCCACCUGCAUGUACACUUUGGAACACGACAUUCACCACUCAUUUCAAAGAUUGAUCACCUCCAAUGGAGGCCAUAGAAUCGAGGCCGGAAGCUCUGUGGAUCUGCCAGACCACAGGCUGUCCAAACGGCUGGGUAGCAGUGUUAAUAUUUGUAAUGAACUUGUAUGUAAAUAUUUUUGGGAGAAAAUGGCAACAGGCAAGGCUUAGAAGGAACUGGCUAUUCUUAUCCCGGUGUACCGUGUAUAUUUUGGUGAAAUUUAAAGUACUUAACAGUUCCUUGUUUUUUGUUUGAAAGCUGUAUGUCAGAUUUAUGUUUUCCUGAACGUUGUAUGGACCAAAGCAGGGAGGUUAACAAAUUUAAAUCCAAGAACUAUUUAUAUGUUCACAAACGGAUCUAGAUUUGGAAAUCCGAUAGCCUCAAUAUAUUAAAACAGGUUUAGUUUGUGAACAUUCCCCUCAGAAAUAUUACAAAUCUCUAUCCUGACAAACAAAAGAUGAGGAAUUUAUUUUUCUGUCCAUUUCUAUGCUUGGUUCUUAGUGAGGAGUAACUAAUCUGUUGGGUUUAAAAAAUGAUAAGCUCAACUAAAGUUAUUUUCAUGAAUUAUUUAGGAAGAUUUUGUAUGACCUGUAAACAAGGCUUGUAAAGAUCAACCAGAUUGAAUGAGCAUGGAGAUAAAGCUUAGUAGUUCUCUAAGAAUUAUACUGUAUGUAUUUGUAUUAACAAUUACACACAACUACAAAGAAGUAAGAAGCAAAACAUGCUAAAUGUAUUUCUGCUGUAAUUUAAUUAAUGGUCGUGAUUUUUGCUGCAAUAACAUUAUG